AUGUCGAGAAUAGAACUCGCCGAGGUAGCAAAGCACGGAGAAGUGGCCCUGGCAAAGAUCGUCAACGUAUCGGCGCCAAAACUCAGGUUUGUAAUGGCUGAAAGCAACCUUUUCCAGCUCUUGCAGGACCAAUUCCGCAACUAGGCUGGAUAUUGGGGAACCCAUUCCACCAGACUUGGCGCGCGACGUGCUACGCAAACGCCUCGAAGAAAAGUACGACGAAACGACAAGGCCGCUAAUGAUCCAGCACCUAAUUCAGCUCUUUGCAUUCUGCCAACGAACCUUUUCCACUUUCGAUGGCAGAACAUACGAACAAAACAAAGGAACACCCAUGGGUUCCCCAAUAUCCAGCCUAGUUGCGGAAUUGGUCCUACAAGAGCUGGAAAAGGUUGCUUUCAGCCAUUACAAACCUGCGUUUUGGCGCCGAUACGUGGACGGUACAUUCGUCAUUAUUUAAAAGGACAGGCUAUCGGGUUUUCAAGACCUGCUUAACAGCAACUUCCCCGACAUUCGAUUUACAAGGGCAAACGAGGAGGCCGAGAAGCUACCCUUCCUUGACGUGAUCGUCACGCGCACACCUGAUGGUAAACUUAGAACUACAGUGUACAGAAAGGCGACCAAUACAACCUUGGUCCUCAUUUAUCAUAGCAACCACCCAUUGGUGCACAAACGGGGCUGUGUGAGGGCGCUUUUCGACCGGUUAAAAACGCACUGUAGCGAGCCCGAAGGAAGGAUGCAAGAACUACGCAUCUCCGGGACCAAUUAACAAAGUACGGCUACCCAAAUAGUCCCAUCAGUCGCUGCAUACGCACGCACCCACGCCGGACAAAUGGAAGAGAGACACCAACAAUUUGGCACUCCCUACCGUACAUAAAGAAUGUGUCCGAGGCUACAGAACGCAUUGCGUCAGAGCUAGGCGUGGGCAUCGCUCAUCAUCCGUCGGCCACCAUGCGUAGCAGGGUCAUGAAAAUGAAGGAUCAGCUGGGCGCAGGUGAACAGUCGGGCGUAGUCUAUCAAAUCCCGUGCCAAAACUGUCCUUGCCACUACACAGGCCAGUAAGGACGACGUCUCAGCUCACGAAUACUUGAGCAAAAACGGGCCGUUCGCAGAGGCGACCCACUAUCUCAAGUAGUCACUCACACGCUGGAGGAAGGCCAUGAGUUCGAUUUUGCCAACACGCGGAUACUGGCGCGAGCCGGCAACAAGACAGGGCGAGAGCUGUUGGAGGCGUGAGCGCCGGACACCAACUCUAUCAACAGACACAUCGAUUUGCCUGCGUGUUAUCACGCGCGCCGCCCACGCAGCCAGGUUGCGCAGCUCACACCGUCGCGAAGUACAAACGGCGUCACCACGCCGGGGGACCAUCGUGGGCCAGGCGGCACUAACUCUUCCUAGCCACGGACGUACUCCUCCCCCCCCCUGCAUGAAAAAGCCAUAUAAGCGUUUACAAUUUGCUGCACUCAAGUAGUCUCUGAUGAUGAACUCCAGUUAGAGUUCGAAAGCUCAGGCAAAUAAAUCUACUGUCCCAGUGAUCGUGCCUUCGUCUUCUUUUAAACAAGAACCCGGGAUGCGCAUAUUCUCUUCCAUUCGUGUUAAUGCAAAAUAUUUUUUACCGGUUACAGUUAAAACAGCUAGUUCUCAUCGAAGAGUGAAACGUGAAGGAGUUCGCCAGGAAUCUCCUGACAGCUCUACUGGGUCCACCACUAUGCCUCAGCUGCUGUUGGGACGGUUCAACUCAAAAACGGAGCUUAGUUGGCUGCCCCAUUUAUGGUAUCCUCCUUGGUCCGUCCAUUAUUUUUACUAACUUAUUUAGGUGUAAUUCGAGAAAAUGCUAUUUUCGGUCAAUGCACUUCGCAAAAUUGAAAUUGACUGAUUCAAAGGCGGGGAGAGAUCGGUAUUGAGGCAGAGCCAAUUAUGGAGAUACCACCGAGAGAGUAAAUUAUUUGGCUUGGGCCCUUAUAACUUACUCCCAGAUUCCAAUAUCUACCAUCUUACCAACCAACGUCCCACUGCGAGGACAUGGUUGUACGCCUUUCUUUUUAAUAUUGAUAUACAUUUGCGUUCACACUGCUCUGCGAAAUAUUACAGUGGACAUCGUGGUAUAUCACACUUACGGUGCACAUAAGUAGCAUAAGUUUCAAAUUUCAUUAUGAUGGAAUCUCCUUGCUUUUGUUUAUCUUUGUGUCUAAAUUCGACUAGUCAAGAUACACUAUUAUUCAGCAUUGCUUAAAAGUAUUGUAGUAGCAAUGUACAUCAGUAACUAGUGGUUCUCUUUUCCUGCAGGGACGAGCUAUGAAUGACGACGGUCAUGCUUACCAUGCACCUUGCCAAACCACAGCGGACUAUAUUUAUAAAUGGGCAUUUUUCCUUAAACUUUUGUUUUAAUAAAGUGCGCAUUACCAUUAAGUUGCCCGUUAGUGUUCUGACGUAAAGGUUGGUAAGUGAUGGGACAACUAGCUGCAGUUUUGGGCUUCGAAGAGCCACAAAUCGGUCGGAGCAUAAACGACGGAGAUGAUGCUGCCCCUGCGCAUUUUUUUUUCUCGAGGGGGCAACACCGGGAAUAUGCCCCGGCGGCAAUAUCUCUGGGUUAAGCUUGUUUAUUUUUCCCCCUUAAAUUAAUUCACAAUCAGUCGCAACGGCGGAUUUAAAUACGAUCUUGAAGUAGUUAUAAAUAAGGGCUAGUGGUGACCUCCAUUGACCCCAUGGCAAAUCUGUCGCCCUAUGGACAUUGGACUUCUGUCGGCGUCUUCGGUGAACAUCUAUGCUUUCCGCUAACCUCAUGGACAACCGUUUCAGACCCAGUUGAUUUUUGCAAUUAGGCUCCCUGCAUAGUUUCUUUUUGUACAUAGGUCUUGUAGUACACAACAGUCACUAAUAAUCUUCCUUUCUUUAGGCCACCUCUGUACUGUCAUUCGGGAUCAUUACCAACUGGUGGCAGCUGUGACCGAAAUGUCUGACAACCUGGUGGGCAAACUUGCUCUAGAACUUUAA